AUGGAAUUUGAUGUUCCAUCUUACUCAGCUCCAAAAGAACUGAAAAGAAAAGAAGAGUUUGAUCCAGAACAACCACAGAAAAAAAGGAGAGAGAUUGAAGCUGUUGAAUUCAUUGGUUCAGUUGUUAUCAACCCUUCAACCUCAUUUGCAAAAGUUCGUAUAUCUACUCCUAAAAUUAGAUCAUUUUUCGCAUUAAAAUCACCAAAUGAUGAAACUCUAUCACUUGAUGUUAGGAAUGGAAGUGGUAAUGAACAAAAACCAACACGUAUAACCUUACUCAAAAAUGAAUCAAAACAAAUAUUUGUGGAUUUUAUACCAAAAUUAGCAGGACUUGCCACAGGGGGUGAAGGUGAAUUUUGGGCAGUCUCCACAACAGAUGGUGUUUUGUAUGUUUAUAGUGAUAGUGGAAGAAGAAUAUUCCCCCCAAUUGUUUUGGGAACUCCAUUAAGUUUUUUGGAAAGUAAAGGAAAGUAUUUAUUGGCUGUCACAUCUAUUGGUGAAGUAUUUGCUUGGGAUGUUGCUGCUAAAAAGGCUUUAUUUGAACCAGCUUCAUUAUAUCCACUUCUUUCCCGUUCAAACCCAGACUUAUUGACAAGAGCUGAAAAUUUGACCUUAUGUGGGAUAUCAUCCUCUGGUACUCCUAUUGUUACACUAUCAAACGGAAGUGGUUAUUUAUUUGAUAGAGAUAUGGAAACAUGGACAUUAGUGAGUGAUUCUUGGUGGGCUUUUGGAUCUCAAUACUGGGAUUCAAGGGAUGAAAAGACAAAUGGUGGUAAUAUUGUUAAUUUGUUGGAGAGAAAGACAAAUGAUGAAAUUGUUAGAAGAGGUAGAGGUAAAUUCUUACAAAAAAUGGCAAAGACAAUGUUGAUGAAAGAAGGUUAUGAAAAUUUAGAAAAAAUUAUAUCACUUGCACAUCUGGAAAAUAGAAUAUUGAUCUCAAAGAAAUUAAAUGAAAAGACUGAAUUCAAAAACUAUUUGAUUAUUUAUUGCAAAAGAAUCAGUGAAAUGGACUAUAAAGCUAAGUUGAUUGAAAUUUUCCAAGAAUUAUUAGGUCCACAAUCAGAGAAUAAAGAAGAAUGGGAUUCAAAGAUCUGCUCUUUCGAUAAACACGACCUACUAAAAGAGAUUAUAUUUGCUUGUGCUAAUAUAAGGUCUGUGCAAAGAAUCUUGAUAGAGUUUGCUACAAGUUUGGGAAUAUUGGACCAAAUUGCUUUAUAA